ACUACCAAAAAAAAAAAGAAAAUUAUAAUCCGAACCCUACGUCCUCUCGAAGCUCCGGAUGCCGACCCGAAUAUUGCUAUCGGUAACCCAUGGACGUCGAGAAAUGAGAUGUUUUAAUUCAAACUCCGAAUCUGUGAUUCAGGACUAGCUUCGAGAUCUCGAGAAUUUCAUCUGUGAUCGAGAAAGGGUUGAGGCUGCCACGAUUCCAGAACCUGCUUGCCGCCGCGCCGUCAAGGACUUGCCCGCAAGGAUCGAGUCAGGCGCUGCCGCCGAUCAGGAAUCCCUCGAAAGCAUCGGCCAAGCUAUCGACAACGCCUGGUGAACCGUGACCGACAUUAUUGUUCACGGGGGACAAACAGUUAAAAGCCCAUCUCCCCAGCCGCCCAUCCCUUCUGUCUUCGUAGGCAACCAACGCAAACCAGAAGCUCGAAGGACGAAGCCGACUGCCUAAACCAAAUUGGAAAGAGAGAGUGCCGAUUGCCGAGAGACGCAGCUACACCCUCCAGGGCGGGAAGCAUCCUUCUGCUUGUUAUUGCACUCCCAAAAUCUCUCCAUCCAGCCUGCUCGUUCAAGAGUUAAAAGAUGGGGUACAUGGGGGCACACGGAAUAGCAGCAUUGCAUCGUUACAAGUACAGCGGAGUGGACCACUCUUAUGUAGCCAAGUAUGUGUUGCAGCCCUUCUGGAGUCGCUGUGUCAAUUUCUUCCCUCUCUGGAUGCCGUAAGCCCAAUAUGAUUACACUCACUGGAUUUUUGUUUUUAGUCACUUCUGCAUUGCUUGGCUAUAUAUAUUCCCCUCAAUUGGAUUCACCACCUCCAAGAUGGGUUCAUUUUGCACAUGGCUUACUUCUCUUCCUUUACCAGACAUUUGAUGCAGUAGAUGGAAAACAAGCAAGACGAACAAAUUCAUCCAGUCCAUUGGGAGAGCUUUUUGAUCAUGGAUGUGAUGCACUUGCCUGUACGUUUGAAUCCUUGGCCUUUGGGAGCAGUGCUAUGUGUGGACCAGCUACUUUCUGGUUCUGGUUUAUAUCAGUUGUUCCGUUUUAUUGUGCUACAUGGGAACAUUAUUUCACCAACACACUUAUUCUCCCGGCAAUAAAUGGUCCUACUGAGGGUCUCAUGCUGAUAUAUCUUGCCCAUUUUUUUACUGCUUUAGUUGGUGCCGAGUGGUGGGCUCAAUAUUUCGGGAAGUCGGUGCCAUAUUUGAAUUGGGUUCCAUUUAUAAACGAAAUCUCAACAGCUAGAGCUGUGCUGUUUCUCAUGAUAGUCUUUGGUGUUAUACCGACAGUAUCAUUCAAUGUGCAAAACGUGUACAAGGUUGUUAAGGCAAGAAAUGGAAGUAUGCCACUAGCUCUGGCUAUGCUUUAUCCAUUUUCUGUGCUGGUUGGAGGAGUCCUUCUAUGGGAAUACAUAUCUCCAUCUGGUUUGAUGGGGAAGUACCCACAUUUGUUCAUUGUGGGAACUGGUCUUGCAUUUGGGUUUCUCGUGGGAAGGUUGAUUCUGUCUCAUUUAUGUGAUGAACCCAAGGGCCUGAAAACUAGCAUGUGCAUGUCUUUGAUAUAUCUGCCUUUUGCCAUAGCUAAUGCGCUCACUGCCAGACUUAAUGAUGGCAUUCCAUUAAUUGAUGAAUUCUGGAUUCUCCUUGGAUUUUGUGUCUACUCUGUGUCGCUAUAUAUGCACUUCGCUACAUCAGUUAUUCAUGAAAUAACAACAGCUCUGGGAAUCUAUUGUUUCAGGAUAACAAGAAAGGAGGCUUGAUACCCUCUUUUUUUCGGGUCAUUUUGAUGAGAGGUUGAAAUAUAUGGAAUCGCUCUUCAUGGCAUAGCUUUGGGAGCUUAAAACGGCCGACCUGUAAGCGGGAUGAAGAUAUAACGUUACUUGCGUGUGGUGUUCUGUUUGACGAGUUUUAAUAGGGUAAUGUGCUCAGUUCAAUUUUUGGCAGUUCCUUGUUAAUUAAGAAGGGUUUGUUCUACUGGUUUCCGUCUUUGAGUUCAUGAUUUUAUGACAAUGAAUAUUUGGGAAGGCUUGUUUAAAGCUAUGCCGGAACUCGGGUAGAUCGAAUGGGUCUUCAUUGUUUGGUUUUACCUUUGAAAAUAUUUUCUUGGCAUUUUCUGAGUUCCUCAUUUCAAUUCGAGCUCCCAUCUAGUAGCGUACGACUGUAUAAGUUAUA